UAUUAUCCAUAUUCAUUAAUGCGACCCUCGUUCCGCUAAUCAGCUGGGCCUGAAAAAGGCCAUUCUUCAUGUUGAAACCAAAACAGCGUUGGAUUUGCCGGACUUUGCUUACGUCUUGUUGGCGCCUUAUCGAAUUGGUUACAUUUCUUUAAGUGUUUGUGCGAAUUGAAUGAUGCGACAUAGGUCUAAAUGAUUGAUGUGGUGGGGCUAGCUAACCUACACGGUUAAUUGUGCCAGACUAAUGAUGAUCUAAUAUCUUGAAACCGGUGCUUAAAUAAAUCUAUGGCCAGAAAUGAUCAACGAAUCAUACAGGUGCGGUUCUAACAACGAAUUACAAGAUUCCUCGCUUGUGGAAGCUUCCUUUUCUUUUCCAUCCGCAGCGCGUUGUGCGGAUUGCGGUGAACUUCGUGCUCUUCGUCUGCCUGCCUUAAAGCCAGUUUGCUUGCGCUCUGUCGAUCAAUUUUCACACGCGGGAUCCAAUCAAACAUACAAUAAGGGCCAGCCGUUAACCUUUUCCAGUCAGAACAACGCAAGCUUUUCCCCGUCCACUCCACUUUAUAGAAGGUCCCAGCGGUUGAAGGAUAGGUCGCUAUCAACCAUGGAAGUUGCCCGGGCAGUUGAAGAGGAUCUACCUUCAUAUUACGAACAUUUAUCAAUCAGUCUGUUGGUGCCUGAAUCGCCCGAAGAAGCUCCUAGUCCUAACUGUCGUCGAAAACCUUUGAGCCCAGCAUUGCCCCUACCGGAUCACAUGGCACCUAUUGGAGAAUUUCUCGACAGUGUUACCGCAUAUGUGGAGGUUCGCACUAACCUCGGAGACCAUUCAGGGUCUCUGGCAGCUCUCCUUUAUCGCAUGGGUGCUUCUAUCGCUGCAAGUCUAAACCCAUCGGUAACCCAUGCCGUUUUAUCAAACGCGCGACCCGCAACGAUGAAACGAGCUGCCUCACUUGGCAUUCGGAUGGUUGCUGCUCGCUGGGCGAUGUCAUGUAUGGAUGAGCUACGGAAAGUCGAAGAAGAUCAGUGGCCAGUAGUCACUCAGGCUACGCAGGAUGAACAGCGACGUAUUCGCCAAUAUCGUUAUCAAACCAAUUCGCUUAGGGAUCAACCAUCACCAGUGUCAAUUAGCAAUUUAGCUCGGCUAUCUAAACAGCGGCGCCGCACCAUUGGAGGAACACCCAGUAAUAAUUCAACUACCAGCAGAGGUUUAUUAAAAUCGACUCUACCGCGAAAAAGUCUCAGGCGGAUGCUGUUCGAAAAUGUCAACGCUGAUCACAAUAAUGUCGAUUCAGAUAUCAGCGACGGAAGUUAUGAAGAGUCAGAACGAGGGAGUGAGGUCACAGUGGAGAUUCCCGAGACUCAAACAGGGCUGUUAUCGCAGGUACACGGUGUUAACGUGUGGGUGCCUGAAACGGAAUCUUUACUGUGUUCCGCUAAUAGAUGUGAACAUCAUUUUAAAGACUCUGAAGACAUUGAAAUACUAGAAACCCAGCUGGAAUCUUCCAACAGUAAACAAAAGGCAAUGGUAACGUUUGACGUUCCUGGUGAGCCUUUAACAUCUUGCGAUUCUACAGUCACUGUAACAUCGAAUCGAAGGGCGAGUGCUGCUCAAGCUCUGAUAUACGGAUAUGCUGAGUGUCAAGCCUUCCCUGCAACCAAUUUGACAGUCUGUAUUAGAUUACCACCUCUUAUACAUAACGCAAAAAGUAACGAAGAGCAAUUUGAUACGCUUGAAGCUAGCUUUGAGGAACCUAACGUUACUGCUGAAGAAAUUGCCGCCAGUAAGAGGUCUACAGUAGUUGCGUCAGAGGCAAGCCAAGAAAAUACCGAUCAUGAUAACAGAUGGACGAUUCACGUUGACCGGAGUGGCCAACGGGACGAAGCUAGACUUAGCAUAUUGGCCAGUGAUGGGAACGAUUUUCCAGACAGCAUCUAUAAAGAUAAAUCCAAUUGGCUGUCCUUAGUACAUGAAAUGGAGCUCACACGUCCUCUAGGUAUAUGCGAACGUGUGCGAGACAGGGACUUCAAUGGAACAAAAGUAGAGCGCUUUACCGAGGCUGAAGUUUCGCAAGAUAAUUUAGGUUAUCAAGAAAUGAUUCUUACACAACCUGUGUUACUCUCUAGAUCUUCGUCAUUGAUCAAACAUUCGGGGGUCUCGAUUGGCUCCGACAAGGACAGACUUCAUUCAGAAGAAAAUUCUUUUAGACUUGAGUUACCUUCGGACCUUUCGCAAUCUCAAGGCCGAGCUUCCCAUAGCGGAAUCGAACGGGAUCAACAAGUUAUAUCAACAGAAGGGUGCAUAACUUUCGACUUGCAGGAAGAACUACAUGAGCCUAUCACUACUAACAAUGAUAAAGAAAACGUAAGUUCCUGGUCCGAUCGAAUUAUACGCCGGAUCGCUACAAAGGACGCAUCUCUCGAGUGUUUUGCUGAAGAUACACCUGCAGCUAGCGAAGAAAUUGGUCUGCUCAACGAUGAUGAGAUUAGGGGAUACAGUAUCAGAGCCAAAACUCUCCAUCAUAAUGAAGUGAGCGGGAUGAACGCGGGCCUAACUAGCAAGCAGUCAUUGGUUCAAGUAACGGAAGACACUCAUCAGCAAAGAAACGAGAAGCAGGAAAAAUUAAUUCAUAACAGGAGGGACGAUUCGAAAUUUCUCAAUUGUUCCGAAGCUAUGUUACCAAUACAUGUUGAUGGCCGACAGUGCUUCGUGGCGGGGACAGAAUCAAAUGACGACGAAAACAGUGGACAAGGUAUACCUCCAUCCAGAUGCUCAGAAGAUUUUCGAGUACCAAGUUCAGGACUAACCUCAGACUUAUCAACGCCUCUUUCAACCCGAAAAGCUCGAAUAAGUGGCGUCUUCUCGGAUGACGAAUCUCCGUGUAUUGACACACGGCGCACCGUUGUUUUGACAGCAGUAAAGAACAAAGCCUCGUUAAUCCACUCGCUUCUGCAACUAGCAAAUAAAACGUUUAAACGAAGAACUGCAGGAGAAAUUGGCCCACUAACGGUAGGCGAAGAGGUAACAACUAAAACGGAAGUCGUCGUCCUGGGCAGACGAAGGCGAACCCUGUCUGUUCUACUGGGCAUAGGCUGGGGUUGUUGGUUUGUCGACAUUAGAUGGGUAAGAGCAUGCAUACAGGAAGAUCGUUGGCUAGAUCCAGCUCCGUUUGAGAUAACGGAUUUUCUACCCCCAAUGGUGAUAAAUCGAGCCUCAAAAAAUGGCCACACACAUGAAAGCAGGCCACUAGAAGGUGUCACUGUAUUUAUUUCACGGAAACGGCCGCUUAAGCCAACGGCAGAAAACCUUCAACGAAUGGUGCUACAAGCUGCUGGAAAGAUUGUGUUCGAUGUAUGUCAAGCCGACGUGUACGUCGGCAGACGACGGCCAGCCAAAAAACUACGCUGCCCAUCUGUCAAUCCCUAUUGGAUAAUCGAAACUGUUGCAACUGGAUUUCGACAAUGCGAACACAACUUUCUGCUGUGAUUAUUUGUAUAUAAAAAAAAAUGUUGAAGGAAUCCAUGUUAAGGACGUUUCUCGAUUAACCAUAUAGUGGAAAAUUAUACAUAAUAAACUAAUGUGUAUAAUUUUUUACCAUUUACUAGUCCUAUAUAUUGCGAUCUGAAUUUGAUGAAUUAUCGAUUAGAGAAGAGAAGUGAACUUGGAAGUUUUCAUU